AUGUCUACUACUACACCUGUUGCCAACGAAUGUGCUACCUGCUCCUUGUUGACCUGGAAGGAUCCUAUCUUCACUGGUAAAGUUUUUGGAGGUAUUGUUGCCUCUUUGUUCGUAUUCAAAUACGUCAACUUGAUUAACCACGUCUUCCACUUUGCCUACAUUGCCUUAUUGGUCUCUGCUGCUGCCGAAUACGCCGGUAAGUUGGUCACAGGCCAAGGCUUCGUCACCAAGUACAAGCCAGCUGUCAAGUCGUAUGCUAAGAAGGUCAAUGACUCCGUCUUACCCCAACUCGCCGAGUUAAACUUGAAGAUCGAAGAAGAAUUCCAAAAGAUUGUUUACUCCCACGACGUGGAAACCACCUUGAAGGCUGCUGGUCUUUCUUACAUUUUGUAUAAGCUUACUUCCUGGUUCUCUUUGUUCACCUUGCUUGCCACUGCUGUUGUCAUUGUUUUCACUGUCCCAGUAAUCUACCAAAAGAACAAGAAGGAAAUUGACGCCCUUGUAGCCCAAUACUCCAAGUUAGCCAAGGACAAGUCGGCUGAAUACACUAAGGCUGCCCAUAAGGCUGCUGCUCCACAUAUCGAGACUCUUGUCAACAAGACCGGUCCAGUUGGUAACUUCAUCAAGUCCAAAUUCCCUACCAGAACUGCUGGUUCCACUGUUGGCGAAAACAGAGAUGCUUCGUUUGGAACUGCUGCUGACGAAAUCUCGUCCGCUACCACUUCUGGUGCCUCCAAAUUCCCAGAUGUCCCAAGCACUUUGUCUGAAGGCAAGAGUCAAGUAGAAGAAUUCGUGGAUUCAGCCCAAGAAGCCAAGUCAGAAUUCAACUUCUAA